CGGGCGAUAAAUUAAUUAGCCACUGCUACCACAUAACCCAGGGUGCGGAAACCUGACGCUAGCUCAUAAACAAUCCCAGCACCAUUGCUAGCAUCCCAACGUUCACCCAGGUCAAGAAUCUGUCACCAUAUCAGGGUAGCGACGAUGGCGGAACUGGUCAGGGACUGGCUGGCGGACUACCAGCGGACACGGAGCCAGCCAGCCGAGGCGGAGGCCUUUGUGGUGGAGCACGAAACGGACCCCGAAAUUGCCGAGGCAAUUUUCACCAUCUUCAACGAGCGACAGCGCAACGAGGCGAUGGUCCACGACAUCUGCCAGCAACUUCUGGCCUUCUACCGCUCGCCGGAGCUGACACUGCACAAGUUCCCGCUACAAUUCAUCCCGGUGCUCGUGUACACGUACCUGCAAUCGGUGGCCGGCGGCGAUAAGAAGGCCGCUCGAGGUGUGGAGACGCUGCUCAUCUGCAUUUAUAAUGGCGAGGUGUCCACCGACGACGGCGGACAGAGGGUGGUAGCCUUCCGCAUGCCCAUCCUGGCCCAGACAUCCGUCUACCACGAGGUCAAGAAUCUGCCCAUGACGGAUCUGCGUCGCUGGGAGGAGAACUGCAACAGAGAGGUCAAGUGGGGGCCGCACCAGCGUAUCGAGUCGAUCCACGCCCAGAACCGCAUGCGCAUCCUUACGGCGCUGCUGUUUUGCUACAACCAGCAGGUCAGCCAGACGCAGAAGUCGUCGCUGCUCCAUUUGUGCCGCGUGACGUCCCAGCUGGUGAAUCAGGGAUUCACUACAAAGUCGGGUCACGGACAUCGCAUGAGCUACGGUUCCGACCCUGCGACGGGAGCCACCUUUCCCAAGCCCUCCUCACCGCGCAUUCCAUUGUCCGGCUCCUUCCUAAUCGAACUGGUGCACGCCAUCUACUUCGCCAUGUUUAAUGGCUACGGCACGAUAGCCAUUCAGACACUGGACGACAUUCACAACCGGGCCACCUACGAAAUGUACACGGAGCUGAUCCUGGUGACCAGUGCGGUACGCAACUCGCUGCACGCCAAUCCUUCCGGGCAGCCCAACGACGGACCGAUGGGUCUGAGUGUGGCUUUGACGCCGUCGACCAAUACGGUGACCACGUCGGUGUCCAAGUCCAUGAUCACGAACGCCUCCUUCCGCACGAAAAAACUGCCUGACGACAUACCCAUCCAGGUGCAGGACCUCACGAUGCCGCAGGCGCCACAGCAGUUGGCCAGUGUGACCGAGGAGGCGGAACCGGGCUCCAAGGAGUCGCCUUCCACGAAGGAGAGCUCCGGCACGCGCACUUCUAUCAUGCGGCCUAGCAUGGAGGGCAUCAAGGCGCAGGCACACAAGGCCCUCAUUGCGGGCUUCAAGAAGUCAAAGGACAAGGAGAAAGAGAAGGACAAGGAGCCGCCGAAGCCACCGCAGCGCAAGUUCGACAAGCACACGCAGCGUAACUCGCUGCUCCAGCUGCAAUCGGAGCCGAGCUCAAAUCCUAGUGCGGAUCAGCCACCCACCGGUGAAGUGCUGCCGCUGCAGACGCUAUCGCUGAUCAACGAGAACGGCAGCAACAGCUUCAGCGUGGACAGCGAUCUCAACGACGGCGUGCUUGGCGUGAAUGCCAACACAUCCCUGCCCCCGCUGAGCAGCACCACCAACUCGGUCACCAGCAGCGACCUGCUCACCAAGAGCUUCGACUCUAGCAUCGAACUGGCGCCGCUGGGACACAGCAGCAGCAAUGGAGGCAAGCUGGCCGAGCACAGCUUGGCGGAGUAGUGCAAUUGAUCGUCUCGUUCCAAAGGCGAUUAGCCAAAUCCAAGUAUCAAGUAUAUAUAUUUAAAACCUUAACUGGGGUGGGUGGAACUUACACGAAAGAAAAGAUGAAAACGAGUAAUUGUAAGGGCACUAUCUUUGGAUAAUUCUUUGAUAUUUUCAUUAGAGUAUUAAAUUUUUUUUUAAUAUAAAGACAUAAAAUAUAAAAGUUUCUGGAAAAGUGCAAUUAUAUACCUUGCAUUUUAGCCGGUCUUCAAAGAAUAUUAUCCAAAGAUAACCUGCCGUGAUAAAAAUAUCUUCAUGACCUAAAAAUUCACCCACCCUGCUAUAUAUAUAUUCGCCACCUACCGCUGUGUAUUAGCCGAACAAAACCGUGGCGCGAGGGGAGAUUUGAAUUUAUGGAUUAAGGAUCGUUUGAAUUUGUUGAAUUUGAUGGGUUUUCUUAGUUGUUUGAGGUUAUUAUCGUAUUCCAAAUCCAAUUGUUGGUUAGAUUAAGUGUUGCUAGGACGUCACACGAAUUAUAUACAAACUACAAAUUGUAUACACGCGGAGCCCUCGGUAGACAUCGUUUGCAAAUGCUUCAGUCAGAGGGAGAUUAUGUUCCAUUUUCGGGGAACACAACGUACACAUCCCGGUGCAUUUCACUUGUUUUAGGUAAGCAGCAUGACGCUCACACAUUCGAUAUCUACUCGACAUUCAGCCAGAGUUGGGUCCAGGCAAUUUCAAUUGAGCUCUACAGGAAACCUUUUAGUUCUGUCACUUAUUAACAUAUACAUGUGUAAACUAAUAUUACAUACAAAUAUUUAUUGAACGUUGACUUGAACCAUGUUAUUGAUUUAAAAUAAAUACAACAACUAAAUACGUAA